GCCGCCUCUUCCGGCCGCGAUGGCCGAGCCCGAGGAGGAGCUGGCGCACGCCGAGGUGCUCGAGCUCUUCCAGGCGGCGCUGGCGCGGCUGCUGCAGGACCCGCUGCUCUGCGACCUCCCCCCGCAGGUGACGGCGGAGGAGAUCGGCUCGCAGGUGGCCCUGGAGCACGGGCAGGCCAUGACGGUGCACGUCUGCAAGGCUGACGGCGAGAUCAUGCCCGUGGUGGUGGUGCAGAACGCGUCGGUGCUGGAGCUGAAGAAGGCCCUGCGACGGCACGUGCAGCUGCGGCAGGCGCGGCGCGGAGGCGUCCAGCACCUCAGCUGGAAGUACAUCUGGAGGACCUACCACUUGACCUUCAACGGAGAGAAACUGGCGGAUGACAGGAAGAAGCUGCGAGAGUACGGCAUCAGAAACCGGGAUGAGGUCAGCUUCAUAAAGAAACUUCGAAAGUAACCGUAAGAGGGAGCAGAAAAUCCAGCUCUAUGGAGACCAGACUGUAUAUUCAUCAGGUUCCUGGAGGAAAAGGUUGUGACAUUUCAAAGAGAAAUAAACCCCAGCUGACUGGACAUCAUCACACAUUUUUUGCAGUUGCUAGUUGAAGCACCUGCCUCUGAGCUCUGUGAGCAAUUAAAGAGAUCCUUUCGUUU